AUGUCGGCCCCAAGUGCGCGGCACUGGGAACAGAACAAGGAAGCCACCGUCUACGUCGGCAACCUCCACGAGCGCAUCACCCCCCGCAUCCUGCACGAGCUGAUGCUCAACGCCGGCCGCGUGCGCAACGUCAACAUGCCCGUCGACCGCGUCAACAGCCAGCACCAGGGCUUUGGCUUCGUCGAGUUCCACACCGAGGCCGAGGCCGACUACGCCCCCAAGAUCAUGAACAACGUCGCCCUCUACGGCAGCCGCAUCCGCGUCAACAAGGCCUCGGCCGACAAGCAGAAGAACGUCGAGAUUGGCGCCGAGCUGUUCGUCGGCAACCUCGACUCCAUGAUCGACGAGAAGACGCUCUACGACACCUUUGGCCAGUUCGGCCAGCUCGCCCAAGCCCCCAAGAUUGCCCGCGACGAGCACGGCCUGUCCAAGGGCUACGGCUUCAUCUCCUACGGCGACUUUGACGCCUCCGACGCCGCCAUCGCCAGCAUGCACGGCCAGUAUAUGAUGAGCAAGCAGAUCUCGGUCCAGUACGCCUACAAAAAGGACGGCAAGGGCGAGCGCCACGGAGACGAGGCAGAGCGCAUGCUCGCCAAGCAGGCAAAGGCCCAUGGCGUCGCGCCCGCCGUCCAGCCUCUGCCCCAGCAUCUGUUCCAAGCACCCACACCCAUGGUCGCUCCUGGCGGCCCGCCCAUGGGUCAGAUGCCAGAUCCCCGUAUGGCCAUGGGCGGCACACCGAACGGGCCUGGUGGGUACGGGCGUCCGCCGCCCAUGGCACCAGGAGCGCCUCCUGUCCUGGCUCCACCCCCGGCUGGCCUGCCAGCUCGUCCACCCAGCGGAGCGCCUGUCAACUUCUUUCCCCCGCCACAUGGCUUUGGAGGCGGCCCUCCCCCCGGCCCUCCUCCUGGCUUCGGCCCACCAGGCUUUGGGCCGAGAUGAUGGGCUACGUGUGUUGCUACCUACAUCACUAG